AUGUUUGUCAAAUUUGAGAGACAUUCAGAUCGCGUAAAAAGUGUAUCUUUCCACCCUCAUCGUCCUUGGGUAUUGAGUGCACUUCAUUCUGGUGUAAUAGAACUAAUUGAUUAUCGUAUUAAAAAACGCAUAGCAACAUAUGAGGAUCACUAAGGUGCUGUUCGAUCAGUUUAAUUCCAUCCAUAAUUGAAUUUGUUCUGUUCUGGAGGAGAUGAUUAUACAGUAAGAGUGUGGAAUUUUAAAUAAUGUCAAUUUGUAUUGAAGGGACAUUUAGAUUAUGUAAGAUGUGUUACAUUUCAUCCAAUUAAUCCUUGGGUAUUAUCUGGAUCUGAUGAUCAAACAGCUAGAGUAUGGAACUAUUAAAGCAGAUAAACUAUUGCUAUACUAACAGGACAUACACAUUAUAUAAUGUCAUGUCAUUUCCAUCCAACAUAAGACUUCAUAGUGACUUGUUCAUUAGAUUAAACAGCAAGAUUAUGGAAUUAUGGAGUACUUAAAUAAAGAUAUGCAUAAAAGAAGAAUCAAGAGUAUGUACUCUCUGGUGCUGAAGUAUAAGUAAUAGCAAUUAUGGAUGGACAUAAAGAUUAAUUAAAUUGGUGUGCUUUUCAUAAAUCUGAACCAUUAAUUAUAACAAGUGGUGAUGAUAAAAAUAUUAAAUUAUGGAAAUACAAUGAAAAUAAAGUAUGGGAAUUUGAUUCUCUUACAGGACACACUAAUAAUGUUUGUUGUGCUGAAUUUCAUUCAAAAGGAGAUGUUAUAAUCUCAGAUUCUGAAGAUCAUACUAUAAGAAUUUGGGAUUCUGCAACUAGAAAAUAAAUUACACUUUAUGAAAAUUAACAUUAUGAUAGAUAUUGGAUAGUAGCUUGUCAUCCUAAUAAUUAUUAUUUUGCUUGUGGUUCUGAUACUAUGCUUCAAGUAUUUACAUUACAUAAAGAUCGAGUACCUGUUCUACUUGUUAAUGAAAGAUAUUUAUGUAUGGCUGAAUAAAAAAUACUUAAAGUUAUUGAAUUAAAUUCUGGGCAAUAAUAAAUUAUUAGAGAUAUUUCUACUGUCAUUACUCCAACUCCAACUAUUCUUGAGGAUAAUAUUGAAUCUAUUGAAUACAAUACAUAUGAUACUUAAAAAACAUAAUUAAUGAUUAGAUGUAUUCGAUCUUUAAAAAAAGAUACAAAUAAAUUAAAGAGACAUUUAUUAAUUGUAUUUUAACAAUAGAAAGGUGAUUCAGGAAUUAAAUAAUUCAAUUCAAAGUCAGCUUGUUUUAUUGGAAAGAAUAAAAUAGCUCGUAUUAAUUAAGAAUCAUAAAUUGAGUUAUAUAAUUAUGAAACAGAAGCAGUCUCUUUAAUUGAUGAUAAGGAAGCUUCUAAACUAUUCCCUGCACCUGGAGGCAAAUUAUUAAUUUAUAGAGAUGGUAACAAUAGUCAUUUGGAAUUAUUUGAUCCACUUGCAAAAUAAGGGUUAAAUUAAAUUGAAUAUUCAAAUGUUAAGUAUGUUCAAUAUCAUGAUUCCUAUUUAAUAGUAUAAGGGAAAUUAUAAUUAACUAUUCUAACAAAAUAACUUUAAAAAUUAAUUGAAAUCUAAGAAUAUAUUAAUAUUAAGUCUUUUAUUUGGGUUAAUAAUUUUAUUAUUUACACAACAAAAAGUUAAAUUAAAUAUUUAUUAUUGAAUGGUGAUACAGGAGUAUUAAAAUCUACUGAGAACAUUCUCUAUCUAGUGAAAGGAGAAUAAUAAUAGUAAAAUACAUUAAAAUUAAUAGCAGUUGACAAUGCUGCACAAUAUAUCACAUAAAUAUUGGAUAUUCAGGAACCAUUAUUCAAAAUUGCCAUUCUAAAUAAGGAUCUAAAUGCAAUACAUAAAUUUGUUGAAAAUAAUUAAAAUGAGGCUGUUCUCUCAUACUUAUAUUAAAAAAGAUUAGCAUCUGUUGCUUUAAAAUUAGUCAAAGAUAAAUAAGGUAAUCAAAAUUUUAAUAUAAUAGCUAAAUUCUCAUUAUCUUUGGAUUCUGGUAAUUUAGAAUAAGCAUACAAAGCUGCAAUUGAAAUCAAGGAUACUAGUUUAUUUGAAUAAUUAAGGUCAGAAGCUCUUAGAUAAGGUAAUAAUUUAUUGGUUGAUGUAUGUGACUAAUAACUCAACUAAUUUGACAGAUUGGCCUUUUUAUAUUUAUGUACAGGUAAUAAUGAAAAAUAAGAGAAAUUAUAAAACAUAUAACCAAAUUACAUUUAUUAAUCCUAAAUUCAGAAAUAAAAAUCUAUUAAAUAGAAUCUACCAAAACUUGCUUAAAUUAUAGAACAUCUCAAUGGAAAUAUAUAAAAAUUGGAUAAGAAUCAAUAAGAUACAAUUGAGUGGAUAAAAUCACUUGGUGGAAGUCAAGCAUUAAUACCACCAAUUCCAAUAAUGAAGUAUAAAAAUGAUCCAUGGCCUCUAUUAUAAAUGAAUGAGUAAGAUAUAAUCAAUCUUGAAGUAACUGAAGAAUCAGUUGUACCUUAGGAUAUAUUUACCAUAUAAAAAUAAGUAAUAGAAGAAAAACAAAUAGAAGAAUAAAUUAAUAAUGAUGUUUAGUGGGGAUUAGAAGAUGAACCAGAAGAAGAGUUCUUUGAACCUAAAGUAAUACAGGAAAUGGAUAAGAGUUUAGAUGAAUCAGCAUUAAGGGGAGUAUUUUUAGAAUAAAAAGGAGAAGUGGCUGUGAAAUAUUUUGCUGCAGGAGAUUACGAAGUAGGUAUAAAACUAUUAAAACAGUAAAUCAAUUUGAAUAAUCAUUAAUAAUUAUUGAAAUUAUUAACAGAUAUUACUCCUUUUUAAGUUUUGACCUCAAUACCUUUUUUAAAUAAUACAACUUUACCAGUUAAAUUAAAUAGAUUGAAUGAAGUUAAAAGUCUAAUCAAAUAGGGUAUAUUACAUAUUUUAUUAUAGGAUAUAAAUAUACAACUGAUGCUAAAUUUAGUGAAGUCAGUAAUUGUUUCUAAUAGGUUUUAUAGAAAUUAUUAUUAACUGAUUUUGAAGCCAAUCAAAUAGAAGAAAUAUAAAAGUACAUUAACAUAAGCAAAAAUUAUAUGAUGGCAAUGAGAUGUGAUGCUCUAAAAAAAGAUAGCAAUUCUUUGGAAAUGGUCUGUAAGAUGGCAACUAUAGAAUUGUAACCUUCCCAUAGAAUAUUAACACUAAGGUAGGCUCUUAGUAUAAGUUACAAACAGAAAAACUUUAUCACAUGUUAAUAGAUAGCUAAAAAGUUAAUUGAAUUGUUAAAAAAUGAUACAACAUAAAAACCUGAAGUUUUAUAAAAUGCAUAAAAGGUAAUAAUUAAUGUAUAAAAUUAGUAUGAAAAAGCAUCAUAAUAAUAAAAUACAAAUGCUGUUUAAAUUGAUUUUAAAGAAAAUUGGCUUAAUGAAUAGCCUAUCUACUCUGUAAAUACACUUAAAUAUCUAUCAAUUUAUAAAACAUGUCCUUAUGAUGGGAGUACAUAUGAAAAUGAUUAUUCAUAACUAUGUCUAGUGUGUGGAUUAUGUUUAGUUGGUAAAGCACCUGGCCUAAAAAGCCUUUAAAAACCUUGAA